AUGCCUCCUACAAACCACUCGUAUAGUAAAGUUGAGAGACAAUACGAACUUCAAGUAGACUGGAAGGUAGCGAACAUGGAGAGGGCCGAGUAUGCAGAUAUCAUGAACCUGGGUACAAGCGCAUUGCUCAUCCUCGUGGGUGGCGAGGAGGACCAGAAAUACUUCCUUGUCCAUGAGAACAUCAUUCGCGGGUCUUCUGCGCUCAUGCAAAAGAUGCUUGAUGCCCCAUGCAAGCAUCCGGAGAAGCGUAUCAUUCUCUUACCUAAGGACGAACCAGCGGCUUUUGCAAUCUACUAUCAAUGGCUCUUGACUGGCAAAAUCCAUACGAAAGAUUCGACACAAUAUCUCGAAAUAAUCCACCUCACUCAUACCUGCAUUCUAGGACAUAGAUUGCAGGACGUCGACUUCGUCGAUAGUGUACACGAUGCCAUCCUUCAAUAUAGCACUGAGACUCACGACAACAAAUUAAGGGCACUCAUCGUGGCAGGCGCGUUUCUGUAUCUUGAAGCACCUGAAGUCGCUAGCACAAAGAGUUUAAUUGUCGACAUUGUAGCAUGGCUACUACGUCGUGAGGACGCCACAGUCUCCGAGAUGCAAGAUCUGUUUACCUUGGCAUACGAUUUGGUGGAAUCGGAACCUCAUUUUCCCAAGGAUGUCUUCCAAGUCGUCGCUUCUAUGUGCGCAUCUCAGGAUCGAACACCCUUGUCGCUGGAGGACGGCGAGGUGUACUGCAAAUAUCACUGUCACGGAGAGAAUAGCAUAUGCUAUAAGAAGAAGAUCAAAGCAUCGAUUGGAGUGUCUGAAGAGACCGACGCACGGUCUACAAUGCAAGCUCGAGCAGACCCUGCCGAGCACCAGGUCGAGGACCCUAUCGAGUAGAAUGCCGG